AUGAGUUUGGUGGAAGUAGAAAGACCCUCCAAUCAUGGUGUUAGUGUUAAUGGCGUUGGUCACGUGGUUCGGUAUAACCACAUUUACUUUGGGCAGUAUACUGCAGUGUUUUACUUUGGCAAUGAUAUAUUGAUGGAGUACAAUUUGUUACACCAUAACUGUGUAAACGCCUCUGAUUGUGGUGCUUUCCAUACCGGCCGCGACUGGACUACUCGAGGCAACAUUAUACGCUAUAACAUUGUCCACCAUACCUUGAGGCUGGUUCCUGGAGCAGAUGUGCGCGGAGUAAUGUUGGAUGACCAAUCUUCAAGCACUAGUAUAACAAACAACGUGUUCUAUGAUAAUAACGUACACGCUAACAUCGGAGGCGGACGUUAUAACGUGAUAGCCAACAAUGUGAUGUACAAUGCAACAAGAUACAGUAUACAAGUAGAUAGCAGAGGGUCAUCCCAUCAAAAUGACAAAACACUCAUCGCGAGGCUGCAUGCUGUGCCUUACAAUAGCUCUUUGUGGACGUUACGCUAUCCAGAAUUGAAAUAUCUUUCUCUGCAAAAUGCCAGUCUGCCAGAAGGAAAUCAGAUCGUAAAGAAUUUGGUGUUCAACACUCCACACAAAGAAUACAUACAUAUUAGCCAGGAUUUUAACAAGCCCAGGUUCUUUAAUAUCUCAGAAACAGGAUCUUCUCUGGGCAGGACUGAUCACUACAAUAUUGACAAUGGUGACUACAGAGUGAAGUGUUAUGCUGCCGAAUGGGCCAACCAUGUCAAUUUCAAACAAGUUCCUUCGCCGAACGAUGUCGGUCCUAGAGUUACAGUCGGACCAACGAACCUUCAUAGGGGUCUGUCGCACAUAGUAGAUUUAAAGGGUUCAUCUGGUGUGUGCACUACACAUGCUCCAUCAACAGAUACCCCAGUUCCAGCUUAUCUGCCAGAUGGGUCACGUAAAAACGAUAUUUAUAAUGUAUCAAAAGAAGGCUGUUGGCUAAGUGUAUCUGGCUGCAAGGAUCAUCCAAAUACUGGAACAUACAGAGAUACAUACGGUGAACAACAUGAACAUGCUGCCGAUAACGAAACAAUGUGCUUUCGUCGGGCUGUAGCACAGUGGCAUUAUUGUGGAUCCCAUAAAGAUGAACAAGUAGCAGCAAUAUAUGGACCUUCAGGUGCAACAAGACUUGCGGGAGAUGGCUGUUUUAUGGCAUUCUAUGGUUGUCCAAAACAUGGCGGACCAGCAGAUGGACAUGUACUGCAUACAGGGAAAAUAAACCGGGAUUACUUCGCGGAACAGCAUCAGAAUGCGGCACAUGAUGAGGAUAAAUGUUUAACUCGAGCAGUCGCCCAGUGGAGGUAUUGCGGAUCAUCCAGGAAUCAUCCAAUCACUUCUAUAUACAGACCUACAGGUGCAAUUCGUACAGCUGGUGCCGGAUGUUGGAUCCAUGUUCAGCAUUGUCCUAAAGUGCCCGACACAAAACCAAUGUUUUACGAUGCUUGGGGUGCCGCAAAUUACCUUACAGACGAUGUGGAGUACACUUGCUUCAACCAAGCAGAAUAUUAUUGGACAAAAUGUGGAUCUGAUGUCAGAUAUCCAGUAACUGCCUUUUAUCGACCUUCAGCAGCAAGCAAAACCUUCCCGUAAAAGUCUGUGUAAUGUCUGGUAAUUGAAAGUAAUACAAACGUAAACGCUGAGUCUGUAUUAGUUAUAACGAACCAGUGUUGACUCCUGUAUGAUACUAAUUUACUAUACAUUGGAAAGUCCUUUCAAAGGUUGGGGGCAUCAGUUUAAACACGAAACUAACCAUGACCGGACCGGGCUCAUAUAGGAUGUACAAUGUUUCAAAACAGUAACAAGAAAUAAGUAGCAGUGUUAGAGCUCCAGCUGAUGUUUGUUGAAUUGUGAAAAAUUAAGCACAUUUAUCUGUGCAUUUUAUUUGACCAUAUGACAAUGACAGACCAUAUGAUUGAAAAAAGUAAAUCAACAACUAUGAAAAAUUUCAUUCAAAUAUACAUUAUUAAACAUAAUAUUAAAGGUUUUUUCUGAUAGAAGCUCCUUGUGAAACUUGACCGGAAGACCGGUUUAACACAAAAUCAAGCACACGACCCUAUCUUUUUAUUGGCUGAAUUUCCUUCGGACAUGAUGCUGCUUGAGAAAAUGGUUUAUAAAAGUGUUGGUAUAUCUUACUUUUCUGUUUGUUUAUCUAUGUAAGUUAGUUAUGUGUGUGUGUGUUUGUGUGUGUGUUUGUCUUUUGCACGUGAGCGUUUGCGCUGCUGUGGUUUAUGUUUUAGAGUAACUUUGAUUAAGGAACGUAUCAUUUUAAAAUUAAAAUGUACUUGUUGGAUUUUUGUAGCAACCCGUCUAUAACAUUUUUUUCCGUUACAGCUUUUAUUUGUUGCGGACCAUCUUUGCAAAUGCAUGGCUCUGCUUCCGAGUAAUCUACCCUUACCAUUUAUCUUUUUUAAAUAAAAUUCUACAUUGUAGAACAAUAUUUGUUCAUCCAAACAUAUAGAACUGCCUUAAUAUAUAUCUGACUUUAUUUAAGAUUUAUAGAUAAAAUAGAAGUUACAUAAUAAAGCAAUACUCAAUUUGUUAUAAAUUAUACAAAAUUGUAUAAAAAGAAUGGCACAAGUUCAUAUAUAUAAUUAACAAGUAAUUUAUGAAUUACAUCGGGUAAUGAUAAUUACAACAAUUGUAAAAUUGCAUGUGAAUGUAUCAAUUGAAAUCACAGAUGAACACGUGUUGUUAUGACAACAUUCUUGA